AGGUAGAAAAUCGAAACAACAAGUACAAAUUACAACUUUGCCAAAUUCUUGCAAUACAGUGAAACUAUGUUAUCAUUAAUCUUAAUACUAACUCUAUGUACAUACUACAGAAGAAAGGUCAAGUCUUAGUUUACUCAGUUGAUGCCACAGGCAACUAUUUGAAGUAAGCCAGUUGCAGCUGUUGGGAUCUGCAUCAUACUUUCAAGUCUUUGAUAACAAAUAUACCGCAUACGUGCGAUUAAACCCACAUGGUUUGAUAUACACGUACCGAAUGAUCAGCGAGGAUGCGGCACGUGAUUCCAACUUACCGAGUCUACCCCCGGGUGCACUAUUUCCAGAAGCGCUUCACUGACCUGUACCCCAGGUUCCGACGGGUUGUCGGUGCGUUUCCUGAUGCCUUCCACCACAAUGUCAUGUUGUCUCAGAUAAAGACACUGAACACACUAUUUGAGAUGCCCCUGGAGGUCACUGUGACCGGUGUAGAAAGUCUGCAAUAUGAAGACUACCUGGUGGACCCCAGCCCCCUCGAGAAUGAGACGUUGGCCGUUAAUGAUGCCCCGGGGGUCAGAGUCCAGAUCUGCUGUGUUAGAGGGGAUACCGCCGAUAAUGUUAUUAAGAACCUAGACGUUGUCCUGUCGGAGGUCCGAGGUAAAGAAAAACAUCCUGGGGUUACUUUCAUUGUCAUCAGUAUCAACCAAUCGCCUCCCACACACGAAGGAAAACGUAUCAUGCAUAUGGCAUACGAACACCUCAGAGACCAAGGUUGGAAUACUGCCCAUUACCUUACUUUUGGAGUAGGCAUUGAACUUGCCUCACGAAUUUCUGACCAUCUUGAAAGGCAGCUGAUAGGUGGUUUUCGACUGAUAUACGAUUACCUGGGUAGAUUCGUUAACUGUGACAGGCGACAGCCUAUUCCAGAAACCUUUGAAGAAUUUGCAAAGAAAGUUGACCUGAACAACUCGAUAACAAGCUUUCUGUGUGAUGCCUUUGGUGCUGGUGACGAAACAAAACAAGAAAUGGAAACUGAAGUCGAAAAUCCCGACGAUCAAAACAAGUCGAAUCUUGCGAAACUAUUUAAAUGUACCCUUAUCAGAAGUUACCUAUCACAGAAAUUUCCACGGGUUUAUAAAAUAGUGGACGCCUUAAUGGCGGAGAACCAGUUUGAAACGAGAUUUGCUGUUUCGAUAUCAAACAAGAGUUACGAGUUCAUCAAGCACGCCAUUCAACAUUGCCAUGGACGUGACAUUUCACAGUUAGAAGAAAGAAGAGUUAAGAAACGAAAAGGCACUGUAAAACAUUACCUGAAGCCUGUGUCUUACAAGUGGCUGGUUUGGAAGGUUCUGGGUGACAUCUCCAAAGUGAUUCACGACGUGGAACAGUCGUGCCGGGCUGCGCAACGCUUCAUCAUUUCCAUGGAGAAGAUGAUAUUCGAGAUUGAGGGCUGUAUGGAGCAGACAAUCACAGAGAAGUUCGAAGCCCAGCUCGAGAAAUGCCCGGAGGUGCCCCCACACAUUCGCGAGGAAUUGCUAAGACUGAAAUCGGUUUACUCAAUUGGAACUAUCUACAACGAUUUUGUUAUCAACAUCAAGAGUGAGCAGCUGCAGAGGGAAGGUCAACCACCUGAGGCACAUGGUCAACCACCUGAGGCACAUGGUCAAUCACCUGGGGCCCAUGGUCAACCACCUGGGACCCAUGGUCAACCACCUGGGGCGCAUGGUCAAUCACCUGGGACGCAUGGUCAACCACCUGGGACGCAUGGACAAACUGAGGAACCAGGUGUGCCAGUACAGGGAAAACAGGAGCCGAUGGAUGUCGACCCUUGGAGCGUAUCGAACAUUCUACACUCAUCCGAUUACUACAGGAAAACAGUUGAGGAGAUAACAUCUUUAAUGCGCGGUUGUAGUCCGCGCGUCCCGUGGACCAUACAGGUGGUCUCCCAGUCAUUCACAAAUUAUGUGGAGUUCCUAUACGAGCAAGGCCGAUCGAUAUUUCCAAAGAAUGAGUGGCGCUACCAGGGGACCCUCGGAUGUUUCGUCCUGGGCAGUGACCAUAAACUGUAUGCAUUGACAUGUGCUCAUGUGGUUAACAGUGAUGACCCGGGGCGGAGGGUUUGGAUUCCAGACAACAACAAUAGCUUGAAAGUGUUAGGGACGUGGGUCUCUGACUUGACGGUCUCAAGUGGAAGCGUCGAGAACUUACCAUUGAUUGACAUCGCAGCCGUAAGGGUGGAGGAUGACUUACAACAGGACUGCAAUCCCCACCUCCUCGAUGAAGAUGGCAUAAAUUGCAGGUCAAAGUUUUACGACGGUCCACAUGUUUCCCUGCGCGGGAAGCAAGUGUUUAAGUACAGCUCUGGUUCUGACCUCACCUCUGGAAUCGUCGUGUCAACUGACCUGUGUCUGAGCGGCCCCAACGCAUCAAACCAGUACUUAGUCAUUGUCGACUGUGAGCAAGGGCGAGCUGGUCAGCAGCCCUUUGCCGUCCCCGGGGAUAGUGGUGCGGUGGUGUGCAUGCAGCGAAUGGUAUCAAAUGUGGUGUACAGGGACACAAAUGAGCCCCGCCUGUUUGCCCUGUCGAUGAUUAAUGCGGGAGACAUGAAGAUUCACGGUGAUGAAGAUGACAACGGGCAAAUCUUAUCAUUCUGCUUGAAAAGAGGCAUAAACAGUUUGACCAAUCGCGAUAGACACACAUUCAACAAUAUCGCAUUCAAGUUUGCUUGAUAAUGUUUCAAAACACGACUUUUAACCAUUUCUGUGCCAAGCACUAGUUGGCGUUUUCAUCCCUUCAAUAUGUGAUAGCUCUUGUUUAUUUUUAUUAUAUAUAAAUAUUCCGAACUGAUGUUGCACUUUACAGGAAUUAUUCAUAUCCCAAUAAGUUUACUUGAUUAAGCAUAUGUCUUAGUAUCCGUUGCAUUCCUCUAUAUCCUAACUAUUUAAGUGCGAAACGGUCUAUUUACGGCUGUCCGUGAUGCUUUGAACAUAAAUACAUGUGUUUUAAAUGUACAUGAAAAGUCAGCUUUUCGAUCACAUUAUAUCGUCAUUGCUCGAUCCUUUGAGAUGUUUUAUAUUUUGCGUACACACAGUAAACGUACAUAGAUUUCCCAAAGGAUGUUUUAAAUAAGUAUGGAUGCGUCUUCUAACAAUUUGUGAACUCCAAUUUUGAACGAUUGAUUGGUGUAGGAUUAUAUAAUUUGAACCCAUGAAAAUAAUAGUGUAAAAGGUGUCAAAGUACAUACUAGUAGCUUUUUUCGUCGAUGAAAUAAUGAAAUACAAAGACAAAGUAUAAUUGUAAUUAUAUUUUUAUUAGAAAAUAUUUGAUGUUAUGGUAUUUCUAUAUUGUUUUAUGGGCCGAAGGCCUUUCUUUACAAAUAUUGUUGUUAAAUUGAAUUUGUUGAAUACCUUUUUAAUAAGCUCGCUUUUUUGUUUAGCUAAAUAUAUUGUAUUUAACACAUAUGAUGCACCAGAUUUCAACAUUAAAUUACAAUUACGCCAUUAUAUUUAUACUCGUAUAUGACAUAUUGAAACAGAUUAAAACAUAUUAAAACAAAAUCAGAGCUUAUAAUCGGCUUUUUCCGAAUAACAUUUGAUAUAGACACAAACACACACAUUUAUUUUCGGUAGAAAUACGUAAAGCCUUGGUGCAACUUAGGAUUAAAUCAUUAGAGAACAAAAAUAAAGGUGAGUUUAUAACUAUGAUAGAGUCUCAUAUAAUAUCCGAUAUAUUCCCGAGGUCCACACGAUGUUUUAUUAAAAAAGAAAUAUAUGGGAAAUAGCAACAAAAUUCCAAACUGAUUAAAUGACUUACUAUAUGCUAAUGAGGCAGAUACGUGGGCGGAGCAUAGCAUCAAUGUUGUUGAGUGAAAAAUCGCAGAUAGGUGCUCGUUUAUGUGUUUGCAUUAUGCACUUUUUGUGUACAGUAUAUCGAAAUAAAGUGCGGCAAAUUAUUAGAAGUGUUAAAACUAAGAUACUUGAAGCUGGAACCCUUCAUCAAAUGUUGAUAUUUGCUCAAAUAUCGUCUUUGAAUACCACAUUGAUUGACAUUAUCACGUGAUGUUAUAAAUGUAUUGUGGGGAAUACGUUUCUAAUGUUGUUAGAACUUGUGUCAAACCCUUUUGCUUUUUGUAUACUCUAUAUCAUUGUUGUAAAUACCGAUCAGGUUGAAAGAAAAAAGGCAAUUAAAUAUGUUUAAAUCAUGUAAUUAAUGUAUGAUCAAAAUAUCUUACAUAAAAAUGCAAAUCAUAAGUAUAUGAAUCAACAUAGAAUUUAAGGUGUUCAGAAUGACACGUGAUAUGCAAAUUUCGUAAUGACGUUGUGUGCGCUGAAUUUAGAUUAAACUGUCGGUUUUGUUGCAUUUUGUAACUGCAUUUUUUAUCAUUCUGAGGAUUAAAAGGUUAAAAAUGUUAAGAGAAGCUGUUUGGAUAUACUUACAAAAAAUAAGUUUAUAUCACAUAAUGGGACUUUAUUUUUAUUUAGUUAUAACGAAAUAUUGUUUUGUCACCUCAAGGUAACGGGAAAAGUAUUUUGUUAUAACGGAGAUAAUUAAUAGCAGUAAGAGUAGGUUAUUAUUUAUUUUGAAUUCAAUAAAUGUUCAUUGCAUGACGAUAUAUUUACACAAUAUAUGGUACACAAUAAAGAAACUGAAGCCGU